AGGAACCGGAAGUCAGUGGAGGACGUGAACUGUGGGAGCCCGCUGAUUUAAGCUGGAAGAUGAGCGUGCCUAGUCUCCUCUUGGCAGGAGGGAGGUGGAGAUGUUUUCCAGUUCCGUUAGGGUCAUCCUUGUUCCAGGCCCUACGGAAUUCCUGCUGUCGGAAAAAAUCCACUGCUCCUAAGCAAACUGCUCCCAAUGUUGCUUUUUGUGAUGAAAAUACAAAGGAGUCUGGAGAUGCACUCGACAAGCUCUUCUCUGCGGAGCAGCAGGCUUCCAUCCUGCGUGUGCUGAAUACAGCAUCUAAUAAGGAACUGGAAGCUUUCAAAUUGCUUCGUGGAAGAAAGUCCACCAAUAUUGUAGAGCACAGAGAAAAGUUUGGGCCAUUUCAGAAUUUGGAGAGUUUAAUGAAUGUGCCCUUGUUCCGGUAUAAAACUACCGUCCAAGUUUGUAACAACAUUCUUUGCCCAGAGACUGGAGGGAAAAAAGGAAAGUUACAGGAAAACCGGCUCUUGAGAAAGCUCAUCAAACCAGAAAUAGGAAGAGAGAGACUUAAGGCAGUUAAUAGUAUCGUAUCCAUUGUUUUUGGUACUCGAAGAAUUGCCUGGGCUCACCUUGAUCGUAAAUUGGCGGUGUUGGACUGGCAGCAAAAUGAAUGCUGCCGAUUGACGAAAGGAACAUACACAUCAUCUGUCUACUUAAAAGAGAUUUCUUCAGUCAUUUCAAAGAUACCUAAAGCUGACUUCUAUGUUCUGGAAAAAACAGGACUUUCACUUCAGAACUCAUCUCUGUUUCCUAUACUGUUACAUUUCCACAUCAUGGAAGCCAUGCUGUACGCCUUAUUAAAUAAGACUUUUGCCCAGGACGGCCAGCAUCAGGUGCUGAGCAUGACCCGGAAUGCCGUGGGCAAGCACUUUGAACUGAUGAUCGGGGACACACGGACUAGUGGAAAAGAACUCGUGAAGCAGUUCCUCUCUGAGUCUGUGCUGAAGGAGCCUCGCGUGUUCUUCCCAUCAGAUAAGAUAUUCCACUACAGGCAGAUGUUUUCAUCUACUGAACAACACAGGGUGGAAGAGCUGUAUGAUUCAUUACUACAAGCUGUUGCUUUCUACGAAUUAGCGGUUUUUGACACUGAACCUUAAGAUUCUGAGGUUAAUAUAUUAUCUACUGUAAUAUUAUAUUAAUUUAUAUUUAUUAGCUGUAAAGUAAAAUCAACUGUUUUGAACAACCAUGUUAAUGGAGAAGAAAACAUGUCUGAGUGUAAAUACAUCUAAAUAGAUGUUUAAAGUCAGACUUUUGGCUGUAGAAUGGUUUACACAAUAAGCCAAGGCCAAAUCAAUAAAUAUGUUAUGAAAUUCUGUGACUUUUAGGUUUAAGUGUUAAAUAGUAAGAUGCCCCCUAAACAGCCAAAACAAGAAGCAAAGUUAUCUCCUCUUAAAAGCAAAUACCAUCUUUGCUAAAGGUUUUAUCAUUGUUAAAAUAGGGAAUGAUUUUUCUGGGUGGUGCUCAUCAUGGGAAUAAAGCUAAAUAUGAUUGAUAA